AUGGACUCGGAAAGACGUGGACAAUCGGAGGAUGCUUCUUUUGGUACAAAGGACCCGGUAGAAGCUGCAAACUCGCACGAGAAAGCGUCACGAUCGAUUCUCGACGCACCUUUCGCCGGGAAAGAGCUCCUGACAGACCGUCACAAUGGUGUUGCGUCAUGGGCAGAUGCUGUGACACUUUUGAAAGGUUCCAACCCCCGCCACUCGGAGCUCCAGGAGAGCGAGAACUUGGCCUGGAUGGACAUGAUGCUCGCCUUGUUGGAGAAGCGCUAUGGCUUCAGUUGUACGCUGCCAGUGUCUCUCACGGAUCCGGAAGCUGCCAAAGUGCUCAAAUUGUCACAUUCCAAGCAUCUCCAGACAGGAUCAGUCAGUGCUCAAGCUUCGCUCAAGCGUUCACGAAGCGUGGAUGAUGCGUACGUCAAGACAGCUGCUGGUACUGUUCAUGGUAAUCGAGUAUUACAACUCAUAAGCUCAAGGCAUUUGCAGCAACAGCAAGCCAUAACGUACUUGGAUCAGGAGUCAGAGCAGACAAGAGAAAGCAAGCGACAACGUCUUGCGCUACGGCACGCGCAGGAGAUCCAGACCUCGAGUGUUGCGUCGUCCUAUAGUUGUGGAUGCAAGACUGGCUGCCUCAAGAUAUGCUGUACGUGCUUUAGCUCUCGAGGAUUCUGUCACGCUGGAUGUGCCUGUGACGAUUGCAAGAACAUCCAGGUGCACAAAGGGGAACGUGUGGACGCCAUUCGCAAGUACUUGAUCAAGAACCCACACGCGUUUUCCUUGGUGUCGAUGCCUCGAGAUGGAACCACCACAGGAUUCCUUCACCUGUUGCCGCAGAAGAGUAACGCAGUGGCCUUGCGCAGGUGUCUCUGCAAGAAGUCCAAGUGCAAGAAGCAGCACUGCGAGUGUUUUCAACACGGCAAUGUUUGCACAUCGCACUGCCGCUGCAUGAGCUACUCCAAUACCAGCGAAGCCUUGUGUUUGCAAACGGAGAGCAGUGCUCCUACUCACGCCAAGUGUGUUGCCCGAUCCGACUCGGUCACUUCUGAAUCGAAGGCGUUCCAUCCCGUACAAAUUACUGUGACGAAGCAGCCGCGCCGGAACAAUGUGGGCAAGACUCUGCGCCUGAACCUAUAA